GCAUUCUCUUGGGCGUUGGGCGUUCUCCUAUUUCACGAAUUGAAGACUCUAUCCCUUGUGACACCAGACGGAUCCGGGUGAGGUUUGAACAUCAAAUAUCAACAUGGCCGAAGAAAGCAGCAUGGACGACUCGCUUGAGCUCUUCAAAAGAAGAAGCCGUAUGGCUCGAUGGCGACAGUAUCUGGCAGAAGACGCGAACAAAGAAUGGGGAGAUUUGAUCUUGAUCGUCGCCUGUUUCAUAUCAGGUUUGGUUGACAGUGCAGUCUUCAACGUCUGGAGCUGCUUCGUGAGCAUGCAAACCGGCAACACGGUAUAUGUUGGUUUGGGCAUGUCUGGACAACCUCUAAGUCAGCCAUAUCGUUGGGUUAAGUCUGGCACAGCAAUCCUCAGUUUCUGCUUGGGGACCUUUUUCUUCAGCCGCGCCUGUCGUUUCUUUGGCCCACUUCGCCGAGGGACUUUGAGCGGCUCGUGCCUCUUCCAGGCUCUGCUCUGCUUCAUCAGCGGGAUCCUCGUGGUCAGCGAUGUGGUCCCCAAUGAUGCCGGCACCCAGUUACCCUACAACUACAUCGUCCUGUUGCCUCUGGGGCUCCUCUCAUUUCAAUCGGCCGGUCAAAUAGUGAUGAGUAGGAUGUUGUUGUACAACGAACUCCCAACAGUCGUCCUGACGAGUACAUACUGCGACCUGAUGUUCGAUCCGACCCUGUUUACGGCGCCCAUCACUCAGAAUCCCAAGCGCAACCGCAGAUUUGUGUCCGCCGUGGCGCUCCUCCUCGGAGCCGGACUCGGAGGAGUCUUGACGGAGGGUGGAGAUAUUUCUAACCCUCUCUGGAUCGCGGGGGGAACCAAGGUCGUCAUGUCCGUGGUGUGGCUCUUUUGGAGAGCAGAGGGAGCAAUCAGGUUGGAGUGAAUGGGUGGUCUGGUGUCUAGAACCGGUGCAGCCCUAGGGGUUUGAAGACGAGGGAAUUCCGUCUUGUGUUGACACGGCACGAUGGCAACAGGCGUCUGGAGCGGCGAAAAGGCCGAACCUCAUGUAUAUAUUCUUUUCAAGUGAGAAAUGGGCUCGUUGAUCAUUUGGUCAGCAACGAUCAACCGCACCGUUGGGCAGAGCAGUGAAAGAUCUCAGCCUGCCACACGUGACAGCCGCGGAUAAAUAUGUUGUUCCGAGAAAAAGGGGCAACUGUUGAAAAACUCUUUGGUUCCCAUCCUCAAGCUGCCGUGAAUACGUUUUUCCCUCACGUCCUCUCGACUCCCACCGUCUCGGAUCCCGAAAUUGACCGAUGGAGCUGGCCGUCAACGGGCUGGAAAACAUGUCUUAUCUCUCGCAAGUCCGUGGCGACAGAGCCCAUCCACCUCGCCGUCUGUGGAGAAAACCGGAUCAGGCUCGAACUGGCGGUGAAAUUGCGGCGCCGGCUAAAUGUUACAACAACCGGGGGGGCAUUAUUGCAUUGCUUCUGAGAAUAGUGGACCAUAGGGUCAACGAAAGAAAAAGAGAUGGUAUCUGCUGAUGAUAGAUAUCCUGCAUCCACACGGCCUCAUUCAUAUAACAGAAGCCCGUUCUCGUCUGCCUCUGUCAGACUGUACAAAAAGAAAACGCCUUUUGGGAGGUCGCGUCGUCGCACUAUGUGCACUGCCCUCGCCUGCCCCCCGAAAAGGAUGGGAUCAGCCCUGCCGGCUCUCCCAGCUGCUUCCUAUACGCGUGUCAUGCCUUUGUGCAGCAUGCUCGUCGCCAUAUAACGAUCAUCAUUCAUACACUCAUACACUCGAACCGACCCGAUGUCCUGCCGAGCGCUCGCGAAGACAACAUCCAAAACAACAACUCGAGGCAAGACCUGCUCCUCGUUCAAACAGCGUGCUGGGGGUAUUACAUCUUCUCACGAUGGGUGAUGGUCGUGUUCUCCUCGACGCUGUCCGUCUUGACAACGACCUCGCAAAUUUCAUGGUCUUGUCGAGAGGCCACAACAGCGUCGCCGACAGUUCGGAAAACCCUCACCGACGUCACCUUUGAGGUGUCCAUGGAGGUGUCCCCGUCCAGCAAGGUCCAGCCGGCGCGCUCAAAGCGUUUGCGGGUCAUGCUGUUGAGAGCAACAAAGCGGACUUCGGUGCCGUCGCCGGCAUAGUGUCUUAGCUCGGCAAAGAAGUUCUUCAGGCCUACGACACCGCUGGUAUCGAAGUAGUUGACCUUUGAGAAGUCAAGGAUCACGACGUUGAUCGGUGGCAAGCUGACUCCUUGAGUCUUGGCCCUCCGGCGCAGCCGUGCAAUACGUUUCUCCGCCUCAACAGACCAGUUCCGUUCCGCCUCCUCGCCGUUGCGGUUGUUAUAUUCGGGAGCAUGAUAUGUUUGGAUAACGUCCAAGAUGUUGGUCUUGACCCUUUGGAUGUUGGGGAAAAAGAAGGAUUCUUCGAAGCGGAAGACCCGGGUGUCCGGAGGAAUAUGCGGCGGCAUCCCGCGCGAACCGUCCAAUGAAGCCGCAAGUUCCGCACGAGAGUCGGCUCCGACCGUCUUCACUUGCUUGAAAACUUGGCGGAGCAAGACGUAUACAACAUUGAAGCCCACAGCGCUGGCGAUACCGAUCUCAGUCGAUGUGAACAGAGACACCCAGAAUGCGACCAUGGCUGCAACAAAGUCGGCCAAUGAAGUUUUCCAGAAGUGGUAGUAAGUGCUUGGCUUGCCGAUGAGUGGCCAGAUGGCCGUGAUGACGAUCGCAGCAAGCGUGGCUUUCGGGAUCCAGUACAGCGCUCCAGUCAUCUUGUAGAUGGAGAGGACGAUGACACCAGUGGUAACGAGGCCUGAGAGCGGGGAUUUGACGUUGCACUGGGAGUUGACCGCCGUCCGGGACAUGGCGCCACCGACACCCAUGACGGUGAAGAAGCUGUUGAAGAUGUUCGUCACCCCCAAAUAGCAAAGCUCUUGACUGGGAUCUAUGACAUAGUUGUUCCUCAAGCCGAAGGCACGGGAGAUUCCGAGAUGCUCAAUCGAGGCACCAAGGAAAGCGGCAAUGCUGCGACCAGCAACUUUGCCAAGGAGAGCAGAGUCGACUGGUUUGGGAGUGUGGAUGCUGAGGGAUGGGACCUUGCUGACAUCGAAUAGGUAGUCGUCACUAUCACGUCCCUUGUUGACGCCGUAGCUGAUGCCGGUGAACAACAGAAGAGCGAUGAAAGCUCGAGUGAUGGACAAGAACCAGAUGAUCUUGUUCUUGCUGCCCCAUCUCUCACCAGCCUUUUGCAGGGCGACCAGGAGAAUGAUGCCAGCAAAGCCGACACCUGCAGCACGUCCGUUGCAGGUGCCGAAGUUGGUCAAAAUGUCAUGAAUCUGGUUGGCGGUGCCACUGCCCACGUUGUCCUCGCCGAUGAGAUUGGCGACUUGGCCAAGGCCAAUGGUGAUGGCAACGGCAGAGAUGAAGCCGGUGAGCACUGGGUAGGAAAUGAAGUCGAGCAGAAAGCCCAACUUCAAGACACCGAGACCGGCCAUGUAGAUGCCCAUCGAGAGGGCAACUGCGGAUGAAAUUGCCUCUGGAGCGUAUCCUUCCUUUUUGAGGUCGUCCACGACUUGUGCGGUCAUCAAACCGAUCAAAGAAGUCGGUCCAGUUGAGACAUCUGCAACAGUGUAAGCAGGCCACGUUUCCCCAGCGCAGAGUAUUCCCAGGGAGAAACUGCACCUUUUGAUGUUCCCAUGAUGGCGUAGAUGACUGCCGGCGCCCAGCACGACAUGAGACCAUAUUGCACGGGGAUUUUGGCGAUUUUGGCAUAGGCAAGACCUUGGGGGAUCAACAUGAGCGACAGGGUCAAGCCAGCCACAAAAUCGGUCAGGAGCCAUCGAUAGUUGUAGCGAGGCAGCCACCCGACAAUGGGGACCUUCUCGACGACAUAUCUCCCUGAUGCUUCUGGGGCGGCACGCAGGCCCUGAAUCCCGUAACGGACGACCCGGUUCCAGGUAACAUCGGUCUUGAAAUCAUUCUUCACCCUCUCGUAGAGCUGCAUGGUGAUGGCAGUCUCUGAGGAAAAAAACACAAAAAGGCAGUUUGGGUAUCAAAGGGAAAAGAGGGCAAAGCAGCACGACAAGAAAGGGGGAAGUAGAUGGUCGGGAGGGGUGAUAUUUGAUCAGGAUUGAAAGAGGCUGUUGAUAAGCUGGGGAAGAUGGCCGGG